AUGAAGCUACUCAGCACACUGCAUGAUUGCACACCGAGCACUGAUCCACGGGUCAACGAAAGUCUACGAAAAGCAUUGCAAGGGAGCUUUGCGAUAGUCGUCGGCUCAGGUCGGGGUAUCGGCCGAGCAUGCUGCGAGUUCUUCGCCCAUGCCACAAUACAAGCAAUCGCUUGCAUCGCGCUCGAGGAGAGCGAAGCACAAGCGACGGCGGCACGAUGCCGUGAGAUCAGUCCUUCAUCAGAAGUUGUCGCGGCUGGGGUGGAUGUGCGGGAUUAUGCAGCCACGAAAGACUUAUUCGCGAAACUUGAGCAGCAGUUUGGACGGACCUGCGACAUCUUGUUGAUGAACGCUGGUCUACCAGGCCAGUGGCUGCCGACUUCACGAGCUGAUCCGGAGAAUUGGUGGGAUACCGUUUCGGUGUCACUGAAAGGUGCUUUCAACUGCGCCCGACUUGUGCUUCCUGGAAUGCAGGCGAAGAAAGAUGGUCGAAUUAUAUUCACCUCGAGUAUUGGCGCACACUAUGCCCAAGGCAUGUCUGGCUAUGGCGUCGCAAAGCUUGGACAGGUUCGCUUGGCCGAGAUCAUACACGAAGAGAACUACAAGCAGUAUAAUGUCAAGUGCUUUGCUUACCACCCAGGUUGCGUAAAAACCAGAUUUUUUACCGACUUUGAAGAUGCAGUCCUGGGCAAGGUCAAGAGCGAGCAAACCGGCAACUACGGUUCAUUGAGGGACGGAGUCGACCUUGAAUCGGCCCGUACGGCAUACGAAGCAUUGAGAGGCCAGGACUUUGACACAGAAUACAUGGCAGCCGGUCUGGUCACUGCUGUGGCGGCAGGAAAGCUAGAUUUCAUGUCUGGAAGGUAUCUUGAUGCCAGCGUGGACAUUGAAGAGUACAUCUCGAACGCUCCAAAGAUCCAGAAGGAAGACUUGUGUCGCGUCCGAUUGAAUCAGGGUGACGGAGAUCUCCUGCCAAAUGAAACGACUCGGCACUGA